GAGUUGUCGAAGGUGAUUUAGCUGCCGUUGAAGCGUACAAGUCAUCAGGAGGAGAUAUUGCCCGCCAGCUUUCUGCAGAUGAAGUACGCCUGCUGAAUCGCCCUUCUGCUUUUGAUGUGGGGUACACGCUUGUCCAUCUGGCGAUACGCUUUCAGAGACAAGACAUGCUAGCCAUUUUGCUCACGGAGGUAUCGCAACACGCUGCGAAGUGUAUUCCUGCCAUGGUGUGUCCGGAGGUCACAGAACAAAUUCGCCGUGAAAUUGCUGCAUCUCUUCACCAGCGAAAGGGAGACUUUGCUUGCUAUUUCCUGACUGACCUGGUAACGUUUACGUUACCUGCAGAUAUUGAAGACUUACCGCCCACAGUCCAGGAAAAGUUAUUUGACGAAGUACUUGACAGAGAUGUUCAGAAAGAGCUAGAAGAGGAAUCUCCCAUUAUUAACUGGUCACUGGAACUGGGUACGCGCUUGGACAGCAGAUUAUAUGCACUUUGGAAUCGGACUGCAGGGGACUGCCUGCUGGAUUCAGUACUACAAGCCACUUGGGGCAUUUACGACAAGGAUUCAGUGCUGCGGAAAGCUCUUCACGACAGUUUACACGACUGCUCGCAUUGGUUCUAUACACGCUGGAAAGAAAGGUAUUCCCAAAGCUUUGGUUUACAUUUCUCAUUGCGAGAGGAACAGUGGCAAGAAGAUUGGGCAUUCAUACUCUCUCUUGCAAGCCAGCCUGGAGCAAGUUUGGAGCAGACACACAUUUUCGUACUUGCACAUAUUCUUAGAAGACCAAUUAUAGUUUAUGGAGUAAAAUACUAUAAGAGUUUCCGAGGAGAAACGUUAGGAUAUACCCGCUUUCAAGGUAAGCCUUUAGUUUUUCCAACUGAGUUCUAA